CACGUUUCUGUGCCACCUUCCACGGCCCCGGCGGCGGCGCCUGCCCCGGCCGCGGCGAUGGACGCGGCGUGCCUGAACUCGCUGCUCAACAUGUCCGACUGCCUGCCGUACGUGCAGGCGGGCAGCGCGACGGCGCGCCCGGACGCGGCGUGCUGCCCGGAGCUGGCCGGGAUGGUGGGGUCCAACCCGCUCUGCCUCUGCGAGCUCCUCUCCGGCGCCGCCGACUCCUACGGCAUCGCCGUCGACUACUCCCGCGCGCUCGCGCUCCCGGGCGUCUGCCGCGUCGAAACCCCGCCCGUCAGCACAUGCGCAGCAUUCGGGUACAAUGUGCGCGGCCUUGCCCCGUCCGCGGCGCCCAUGGCCGGGUCUCCGGCGCCCGGCCCCUCCGGCGACAGCCCGCAGUUCCCCGGUACUGCGCCGUUACCCUCGCCGCCGGCGCCGCGCAGCCACGCCGACCACCGCUCCACCGCCUCUGGCAACAUCAUCACCCUCGCCGUCACCUACGCCUUCGCCACGGCGAUGAUAAUCUAG